GGUUUUUAUUCAUCUUCUGAGAAGAACAUGGUGACGGCAAAAUCUUCCUUGUAGAGGUCCCAGGUCUUUGGUUUGUGAGGGUUGUCCAGCUCCUCCCUGGGUAAAAACAGCCUGUUUGAAGGAAACAGAAAGUUUAUGGUCCAGGAUCAGCUACACUUUCUAAACACUGCACUCCUCAAUAGAGGAGGGAAACAUCAAACUGGCCAGAGUUCAGUAUUUGGCAAGACUGUUCAAGUCCGACUCCUCUAAUGUGGACCAUGCAGAACUGACUUGGCCUAUAAAUAAUGCUGAGAAAUUUUCAGAAGAAAAGAACACUGAACCUGGAGAAAACAAGAGGAAGAGUUGUGAAAUGAAGAAAAAUAUUGUCGCACGGCAGUUUUUCCUGAAAACUGCGCCGAUGUUGCUGUUGUUGGCUCUGGUUUGUCCAACCAUGGCUUCUGCUACGCAGCUGUCUGCAAAAGACUCAUGCGGUCCAGAGGCUGCAGCUCUCAAGCGCAACAUAAGGAAACUGGAGAAUCAGCUCUUCAUCAUUACUUGGCAGGUUGAGCACCUGCAGACACACAAAUACUUCCAGCCACUUCAGCCUGUUGUGUCUGACAGUAAACCACAAAGUGAUGCAGCCUCUGGCAUAAAGCACAACAACAGUGUGGCUUUAGACAGCUUGGACAACACACUGAUGAAAACACUCCCAUCAGCAGGCAGCUUAAUUGUCUAUGACAAAGACUGUUCUGAACUGCAUGACAGACUGAGAUCACCAAGCGGUUUCUACCGCAUCAGACCCAAAUUACACCAGGAGCCUUUUUUAGUCUACUGUGAUAUGGAGGACGGAGGAGGUUGGACAGUGUUUCAGAAACGUCGGCAUGGAAAAGUGAACUUCAACAGAGACUGGGUGGACUACAGAGAUGGCUUUGGGGAAUUCAAACUGUGGAAUGAUGAGUUUUGGUUGGGGAAUGAGCACAUUUAUUCUCUGCUCUCAGAGGGUAAGAACCUGGUGAAGAUAGAUCUAAUGGACUGGGAUGGAAAGAGAAGCCACGCAUUUUAUGAGAACUUCAGGAUCACUGACGAGGCCGAUAAGUAUCGCCUCCAGUAUGGGCAGUACAGUGGGCCGGCUGGAGAUGCACUGACAGGUGGCGGUGGUGGGGUUGUGGAGCAGUGGUCCUCCUGCCUCAGUGGAAUGCAGUUCAGCACCAAGGAUCAGGACAAUGACCGCUACCGUCAGGGAAGCUGUGCCCAGGAGAACAAGGGAGGUUGGUGGUUCAACCGAUGUCAUGCAGCCAACCUAAAUGGAAACUUCUACCGCAAGGGGAAGUACAAAGCUGAGUAUGACGACGGCGUGGUGUGGGGGACCUGGAAAGGCCUUUGGUAUUCACUCAGACACUCCACCAUGAAGGUGCGACCUCUGGUUUUCUUGGACAGCGUGGGCAGUGGAGGAGGGGAAAUUUGAAACACACCAGGCUUCAUAUUCACUUGUGUAAGGUUGAAAAAAUAAGAGCAUAGACUGUUCGUAAUGCUUCAAUUCUCUAUAUUUUAAUUUCUCCCUUUGCUUGAUUUUUUGAAAGUAUCAAAUGCACAGUAUUUUCUACUUUUCCGUGAGCGUUUCUGUCUAUAAAUUGUAUAUUGUAUCAGCAUUAAAACAAACAGCAUUUCUGCUCCAA